AUGGCCAGCCUUCCUCGGCUCACCUCCGUCUCCCCGGGAGAGAAGCUGGGCCUCUACUUGGCGGCCUCCCAGCAUGCAGUCAACUCUGUCCUGGUCAAGGAAAGCUCCGGCCAACAACUCCCGAUCUAUUACGUCAGCCACAUCCUAAGUGGACCUGAGGAGCGUUACCCGCCGAGAGAGAAACUCGCGCUCGCCCUGGUCUUAACAAAAUUUGAUGUUGCUGGACGGCUCCUCAAAUGGGCGGUGGAGCUCGGCGAACACGACAUAAGGUACUCGCCCAGGACUACCGUCAAGGCCCAGGUGGUAGCCGACUUCAUUGCGGAGCUGACGCAGUUGGAGGACGUGGAUCUCAAGCAGGCUCCCGAAGCUUGGACCCUACACGUCGACGGCUCGGCCAACUCAAGGGGUGCCGGCGCAGGGCUGGUCCUCCUCGCCCCUAACGAACGCUCGUUCGAGCGAUCCCUUCGCUUCGGGUUCAAAGCCACCAACAACGAGGCGGAGUACGAAGCACUCCUAGCAGGACUAAGGCUGGAUCUCGAGAUGCAGGUGGCCGCGAUACGCGUCCUCACCGACUCGCAACUUGUGGCCGAGCAGCUCAACGACGGAUACAAAGCUUGGGACGCAACCAUGGCGAAAUACCUGGCACGGGUAAAGGACCUGAUCGCCAAGUUUCGCUAUUUUACACUGUCUAACGUUCCGAGGGAGGAGAACGAGCGAGCCGACGCACUAGCUAAGCUGGCGUCGAAACCGACCUCUGAAGCAUGGCCAGAGGUUGAGGAGCUCCCUGCCCGCGCCGUCGAAAUAGCAACUACAGCCCCAGGCGGCGAGCCGACCACGUGGGUACAAGAGCUGCUGCGCUUCAAGCGGGAUGGAACCCUUCCCCUCGACGAAGUUGCAGCUCGGCGCCUGCGUCGUACGCACGCAUGGUACACCGUGGAGUGUGGCCGCCUCUACAAACGGUCCUUCACCUAUCCCCUCCUGCGAUGUUUAGAGCCUGACGAAGCCCAGAUGGUCCUAACCGAAACCUACGAGGGGGUAUGCGGCGAGCACAUCGGCGGGCGAACCUUGGCGCACAAGAUACUCCGUCAAGGCUACUACUGGCCGACCAUGUGCCGGGACGCCAAGUGGGGUUUGGACCUACUCGGACCCUUCCCGCCAGCCUCUGGACAGCGGAAGUACAUAAUCGUGGAGGUGGACUAUUUCACAAAGUGGGUCGAGGCCGAACCACUGGCGACAAUCACGGAACAUCAAGUGGAGAAGUUCGUGUGGAAGAACCUAGUAACUCGGUUCGGGUUGCCCAAGGCCAUUAUCACAGACAAUGGACCUCAGUUUGCUGGCAGAAGAUUCCGGGAGUUCUGUGCCGACCAUGGCAUCCAACCGAGGUUCAGUUCGGUAGCCCAUCCUCAGACCAACGGGCUAGCGGAGGUAACCAACCGAUCCAUCCUGGACGAACUCAAAAGAAGAGUAUCCGUAGCCCGAUCGACCUGGACAGACGAGCUCCCCAGCGUGCUGUGUUCGUUGCGCACCACUCCCAAAACCGCAACUGGAGAAUCCCCUUACAGCCUCGCGUUCGGAACUGAAGCUGUCCUGCCACCUGAGGUGGCCAUCACCACCCUCCGAACACGAAGCUACGACGAAAAGACCUCGGACGAAGGACUUCGAGCAGCCCUCGACCUGUUGGAGGAGCGGCGUGCCAACGCACAUGUAAGAGCCCUCUCGUACAAAAGAGCGGUUGCAAGGAUUUACAACCGAAGGGUGCGACCCCGACCCAUCAAACUAGGCGACCUGGUCCUGCGAAGGACCGAGGACUUGGAACACCCAAAAUCUCAAAAAAUACUUUCCCAAAAAAUACAAAAAACCUCAUUCCUCGGGGACAUCCGGGCUGUCGUCGAAGGGAACAUCGGCUGGCAUACCGACGUCCAGGUCCUCGGGGAAGGAACCAAAGGGAUCCUCCACGACCUCUGA